AUGGCUGCCUGCAUCUUGGCAUCAAAAGGCAAAACCAUCGCAGACAGCUCCUACCAGCCAGAGGUCCUUAACAUCCUUUCAUUCCUGAGAAUGAAAAACCGGAGCUCAGCAUCUCCGGCAGCUUUCAGAGUGGAGAGCAUGGACAUGAACCCAGAAUGCUUUGUGUCUCCCUGGUGUGCAAAAAAGCACAAAUCUAAACAGAUUUUCAGUAACAGAACCCCAACAACCUAUGCAGAACAUGAAAUGCGACAAAGUGACAGUGUCUCUUCCAGCCAUUCUACUGAGGCACAAGAACCUACCAAAACAGAUCAAAAGACAAUUUGUGACUCUAAAAUAAUUAUCCUCAUCUCCUUUCUGGUGAUUCUAAUAACUACACUGGCCACAAUUUUAGCAGUUGAAAGAAACAAAUCUUCCAGUGAACACACUUCAUGCCUGGAUGGCUGGAUAGGUUACCAAAAAAAGUGCUUUUAUUUUUCUGAAAAUACAACGACUUGGACAUCCAGUCAGAACUUCUGUGCUUCUCAUGCAGCAACUCUUGCAGUAUUCAACACCACAAAGGAACUGGAGUUCCUGAAACGAUAUUCUGAUCAUUCUCAAUAUUGGAUUGGACUGAGUCGAAAACCAGGAGAGGCUUGGAAGUGGAUAGAUGGAAACCUAUACAGUGGUUGGUUUAAAAUUAUUGGAUUUGGAGAAUGUGCUUAUCUACACAAAAUCGGCAUCAGCAGUGCCAGUAGUCAUUUGCUUAGAAAAUGGAUCUGCAGUAAGCUUGAAACAUGUACACCAAGAAGUUAA